AUGGCUCUGUUAUACGAGGACGAAUUUGUCUCUGUGAACGAAUGUGCCCUUCAAAUCAAAAACUAUCACUUCCCAUCGAAGAGAGUCAAAUCCAUCCCUGUCGAGUUUAUUCGAGUUGUCUGGUUUGAGGAGCAAGAAACGUGCAAAUGUCCAACGAAAAUCUGGGGCAAAUCACCAGCACCAGCAGCUAUUUACUGGGCACUCGACGUGAAGAGAGCUACCAGGUGCAUCCCCGGAAUGGCACGUGAUAAAUUCAACGUCGUUGUCGAUUUGGGCCAGAAACUUCGGCCCGGGUUCACCGUGAGUGAUGGCGCCGAUUUCAUGGAGGCAAUGCGAGCCGUACUCGACUAUCACGUCAUCAUCGUCGACACUAUCAAUCUGUAG